AUGACGCAUACGUUUGAGCCGUUUACUGAAGUUAUAUUUGAGUUGACGCCAACGUUUGUGAUAGAAUUUAUGCAGAUUGGCACCUUGCAGCAUUCCGAUAGCUGAGACGACACGCCGUGCAUCGAAGUGCUGAUGGUUGAUCACAGCGUUUACGACAGAUUUGACAUAGUCGCAGUGUCGGUGCCAAUUCCCAGGCUACGGAUGAGCUGAGCAUCUGAAACGCACGAAAUGAUUGAUUGAUUUCUUAUAUCUGUAUAGCCAGCGACAGCUUGGCACAUGUCUCUGCUGAUUCAACGUAUGCUCGCCAUCGUUCGAUCAUCUGACUGUUUUCCAAUUCAUCUCGCUCCGAGCCUUCCUCAUCUUUUUCUGCAUCAUCACGAUCAUCCUCUUCAUCUUCUUUUCCCAAUUGUUCGCCGUUCAUUACCAUCGAGUGAGCCAGGGACUUCUUGUCUCCGCAGAAAAAACUCGGCCGAAGAAAACUACGGUUAAUUCGCCGUUCACAGCAGAAUAUCUUCUCCUUCAACUCAUCAAUGGACCCACUGCAGCCGGACUUCAUAAAACUAUUAGCGGACCCUUUUAUGGCAACUUUGGCGCUGGUUAUUUUAGAAUUCAGCUCGUUUAA